AUGAUCAAGAAACCCUCACACAGUCUACGCAAACAACACAAAUGGCUGAGGGAGUCUAAUUCAAUACAGUCAGACAGAAACUUGGUCCUGCAGGUCCUGACACAGGACAAGGAAAACGUGUCGCCUCCCCAUCCUCCUCCUGUUGCAUCGACAAAUGCAUUUGGGAUCCAGGAAAAACUAAUAGAAAAGCUGACUCGACAGACAGAACUGUUGCUGGAAAGGUAUAAUCAGUAUAAAGUUGCGAAGUUAGAACGACCGGAUUUGGAUUAUUCGAUAAAUAAAUUAAGCAUAGAAAUUGAAACUUUGAAAUCCAAAUUGAAAGGUACUGCUACUAUACCUGAUAGGGGAGCGGAAGUAUCAGUGCCUUCUUUACCAACUCUACCACCCCCACUUUCGCAUUCAGAUUCCUUGAUUGAUCAUAUCAUUGAACAUGAGCAAGAUAUCAAUGAUCCCGAUGAAAUUGACCCAUUCCAAUAUGAUAUGGGCGGUUCAAUGGUUUCUAAACCUAUAAAUGAACGAGUUCAGGAGAAAAAUGAAUCAAAAACUUCUUCUCAGGAAGAAACUGACCUGGAAUUCUUUGACACACUAGAUAAUGAGGAAGUGGUAGAGGAUUCAGGUGCUGAUUUUGAACAGGAAAAAGAAGAAGAGGAUGAAGACCUUGACAUUCAGGUCAUACAAUCGUCGUCGCCGACUAAACGUACAACAAAUAAUGGAAAUAGAUGGGAUAAUGAGAAGAUAAAUAAUUUAUUUCAGAUCAGCGAUGAUGAUGACGACGAUAUCGAGGUCUUAAAUGAUGAUGACAAUGACUCUGAAGAUAAAUUCGACGACGAAAGGGAGAAUCAAACGCAAUUACAAAUGAUUGAAGAGUUUGAUCAGGAUUUGGAAAUUAUAACUGAAAGAAAAUUGACUGAUAUGCGUGAACAGGGACAACGAGAUAUUGAAGAAAUUCUGGAUGACGAUGAUCUCAUACUCUCACACUCCAUUCAGAACAAUUUCCCUUGGACACCAGAAGUGGACUAUAGAUUGCAUCACACUUUUAAAUUACCUGGGUUUAGACCAAAUCAAUUGGAGGCAAUAAACUCAACUUUGUCAGGAAAAGAUGUCUUUGUACUGAUGCCUACCGGUGGUGGUAAAUCCUUAUGUUAUCAAUUACCAGCUGUCGUCAAAUCGGGUAGAACUAAAGGAACCACAAUAGUAAUCUCACCUCUGAUUUCAUUGAUGCAAGAUCAAGUAGCACACUUACUGGAUUUAAAUAUCAAGGCAAGUAUGAUCAGUUCCAAAGGAACAACGCAACAAAGGAAACAAACGUUCAAUUUAUUUGUCAAGGGAUUGUUAGAUCUAAUAUACAUAUCUCCUGAAAUGAUAAGUGCAUCCAAGCAAUGCAAAAGGGCGAUCCAAACGUUAUAUCAACAGGGGAAACUAGCUAGAAUAGUGGUAGAUGAAGCACAUUGUGUCUCUAGUUGGGGUCACGAUUUUAGACCAGAUUACAAACAACUAAAUUUCUUCAAAAAUGAAUAUCCAAAUAUACCGAUGAUGGCUCUUACAGCCACUGCAAAUGAGCAUGUUAGAAAGGAUAUCAUUCAAAAUUUACAGUUAAGGUCUCCUCUUUUUCUAAAACAAAGUUUCAAUAGAAUAAAUCUGUUUUAUGAAGUGCGCAAAAAGACAAAAGAUUGCAUGGUGGAGAUUGCUGAUGCCAUUAAAUUCCAAUUUACGGGGCAGUCGGGAAUCAUAUACUGUCAUUCCAAAAAUUCAUGUGAACAAGUUUCUGCAUAUUUACAAAGUAAACAAAUUAGAAGUGGAUUCUAUCAUGCAGGUAUGGACGCGAAUGAAAGAUUAAUGAUUCAACAAGAUUGGCAGGCAAAUAAACUUCAAGUUAUAUGUGCCACUGUGGCAUUUGGUAUGGGUAUUGAUAAACCUGAUGUAAGGUUUGUAUAUCACUUCACUGUCCCACGUACUCUAGAGGGCUACUAUCAAGAGACAGGACGUGCCGGUAGAGAUGGUAAGCCUUCAUAUUGUAUUACUUAUUACUCCUUUAAGGAUGUAAGAACUAUACAGAAAAUGAUUCAAAGAGACAAGGAUCUUGAUAGGGCGAAUAAGGAAAAGCAUUUUGAUAAGUUACAACAAGUAAUGUCUUAUUGUGAUAACAUUCAUGAGUGUCGGAGGAAAUUAGUUCUUUCAUAUUUUAAUGAAGCCUUCGAUCCUGUUGCAUGUGAUAAGAACUGCGAUAAUUGUAGAAAUAAUAGAGAUGUGAUUACUAAGGAUGAAGACAUUACAGAAGUUACCAAGAAUAUAAUAGAGUUAGUGGAAUCAGUACAAAGUGAACAAGUUACAAUGAUAUAUUGCCAAGAUAUCUUUAAGGGAUCUCGAAACGCCAAGAUUGUCCAAGCUGGCCAUGAUACUAUUAGUCAACAUGGAGCUGGUAAAUAUUUAGAUAAGGCUGAUAUGGAAAGAAUAUUUUUCCAUCUAAUAACGCUACAGGUGUUACAAGAAUAUGCUGUAACAAAUAAUAGUGGAUACGCGACCAACUAUUUACAGCGUGGUCCCAAGGCUUGGAAUGUGUUGAAUGGUACUAUGAAAGUAACGAUGAAAUUCACUUCCCAUGCACCCAACCCGGUUGAUAAUGAUUCAGAGACAAGACCGUCAUCUAGGAAAGGAAAAAAGGACGAUACUACUAGUGAACCAGCAUUUAUAACAGUGCUAAAAGAACAAAGGGCUUUGGGGAUAGGAAUUCCAACGUCAGCGGUAACAUAUCGAAAAGUGAUUAAUGUUCAACAAACUACUGCAACCAGUUCAUAUAAUAACGAUUCCAGGUUCACUCGUUUUGAAAAUCCAACUGAAACAAAUGACAUCAUAAACCAAAUUAAAAGCGAUCAUUUAGCUCCUGUUGAAUUACCCACUAAGAGAAAACGUUCCACAUAUAGGAAAAGAUCAGGUAAAAGUCGUGGCCGAAAAAAUUAUAGAAGGUCUUAA